CGCCCGGCGCCGCCUUUCGGCCCCUCUCCCCGGCUCGGCCUCGGCCAGGUCUGAUUCGCGGCGCGCGCGGCCCGGAGGCUCUCGGCGAGCGCGGCGCGGUAACAAGUGGGCGAGGAUGCCGUACGAGAUCAAGAAGGUGUUCGCUAGCCUGCCCCAGGUGGAGAGGGGCGUCUCCAAAAUCAUCGGCGGCGACCCCAAGGGCAACAAUUUUCUUUACACCAAUGGAAAGUGCGUCAUCCUUAGGAACAUCGACAACCCAGCCGUUGCUGACAUCUACACAGAACACGCCCAUCAAGUGGUGGUGGCCAAGUACGCGCCCAGCGGAUUCUACAUUGCCUCUGGAGAUGUGUCUGGGAAGCUGAGGAUCUGGGAUACCACGCAGAAGGAGCAUCUCUUGAAGUAUGAGUACCAGCCUUUCGCGGGGAAGAUCAAGGACAUCGCUUGGACGGAAGACAGCAAGAGGAUCGCCGUGGUCGGGGAAGGAAGGGAGAAGUUUGGAGCCGUCUUCCUGUGGGACAGUGGCUCUUCUGUGGGCGAGAUCACGGGACACAACAAAGUCAUCAACAGCGUGGACAUCAAGCAGAGCAGGCCAUACCGGCUGGCGACGGGCAGCGACGAUAACUGCGCCGCCUUCUUUGAGGGGCCACCAUUCAAGUUCAAGUUUACAAUUGGCGACCACAGCCGCUUUGUCAAUUGUGUGCGAUUCUCUCCUGACGGGAACAGAUUUGCCACGGCUAGUGCUGACGGCCAGAUAUACAUCUAUGAUGGGAAGACGGGAGAGAAAGUGUGCGCGCUGGGCGGAAGCAAGGCUCACGACGGAGGCAUUUAUGCUAUUAGUUGGAGUCCUGAUAGCACCCAUUUGCUUUCUGCUUCCGGAGACAAAACCUCUAAAAUUUGGGACGUCAAUGUGAACUCUGUCGUCAACACGUUUACAAUGGGCUCCAAUGUUCUGGACCAGCAGCUGGGCUGCUUGUGGCAGAAGGACCACCUCCUCAGCAUCUCCCUGUCUGGGUACAUCAAUUACCUGGACAAAAACAACCCCAGCAAACCCCUGCGGGUCAUCAAGGGUCACAGCAAAUCAAUCCAGUGUCUGACGGUGCAUAAAAACGGCGGCAAGUCCUACAUCUACUCUGGGAGCCACGAUGGGCACAUUAAUAUCUGGGAUUCAGAGACAGGGGAGAAUGACUCCUUCGCUGGGAAGGGCCACACGAACCAGGUGUCCAGGAUGACCGUGGAUGAGUCUGGACAGCUGGUGAGCUGUAGCAUGGACGAUACGGUGCGGUACACCAACCUCACGCUGAGGGACUACAGCGGACAGGGAGUCGUGAAACUGGAUGUUCAACCAAAGUGCGUAGCUGUCGGCCCUGGAGGAUAUGCCGUGGUCGUGUGCAUCGGGCAGAUCGUCCUGCUGAAGGAUCAGAAGAAGUGCUUCAGCAUUGACAACCCCGGCUACGAGCCUGAAGUUGUGGCAGUGCACCCCAGCGGUGACAUGGUGGCUGUCGGGGGCGCGGACGGGAAUGUCCGCUUGUACUCCAUUCUGGGUACCAUGCUGAAGGACGAGGACAAGCUCCUGGAGGCUAAGGGCCCUGUGACUGACGUGGCGUAUUCCCAUGAUGGCGCCUUCCUCGCCGUGUGCGACGCCAGCAAAGUGGUCACGGUCUUCAGCGUUGCUGACGGCUACUCGGAGAACAACCUUUUUUAUGGUCACCAUGCAAAGAUUGUCUGCCUGGCCUGGUCACCAGACAACGAGCACUUUGCCUCUGGCGGCAUGGACAUGAUGGUGUACGUCUGGACCCUGAGUGACCCCGAGACCAGAAUCAAGAUCCAAGAUGCACACCGGCUACACCACGUCAGCAGCCUGGCCUGGCUGGACGAGCACACGCUGGUCACGACCUCCCAUGACGCCUCUGUCAAAGAGUGGACAAUCGCCUACUGAGGACCCCGCCCGUGGACGGACCGAAUCAGGGACUAGAGUUUAACUGCAGCAGAACACGGCAUUUCUCUAAAUACUUCUGUAACUCGCCCCCGCCCCUGCCCGCUCAGGAGGGAGGGGGGCCUUAACUCGUGCAUCCCCUCGUCUCUCUACAGGGUGUUCAGAUCUGUACACGUCCUUCUGAAAGCUUUAGACAGUGACAGUUUGCACAUGAAAAAUAAAGCGAGCACUUAAACAAUGUGUGGAGCGUAACUCAACCCGCCACCCACCCAGCCCAAGUGUGGAACAUUCCAGAGGCACGGCCUCGAGAGCACACAGACCCCCGCCCAUGUAUCCCACUCCCCUGCCUGCAGAAUGCUGCUGUAGUGGCGAGAAGAAGGAGCGCCGGAGGCACUCAGCAGGGCCAUAGUUCUGCGGAGAGCGGGUGUGGCUCGAUUCUGGAGCGUUGCCACACCGUCCAGCUGCCGCUGGAAGGCCUCUCCAGAGCGGAGGGGGUGCUCCUGCGGGAACCAUGUAUUUCACUGUCAGUUUUUGUGCUUGAUUUAAGAACGGAAUUGUGGGUUUUGGUUUUUCUCUUUAUGUAUCCUAACUGUUGCCUGUCGGUGUUCACAAGCUAGUGUGUGGAGGGCGCCAUCUCCAGGUGUUCAGAGCCCUGUGGGCCAGACUGAGGGUCUCGGUCACCUGUCCCUGUCAGGCUUUGAUGUUUUCCCGUCUUUCUCUCCCCUUCUGCCCCUAAGAGCAGAAAUUAAUUUAAAGGCAAAGAUGAAGUCGCUGUAACUCACCUGUCACCAUUUUCACCUUUUUGUUUUCAGUGCAGAAAUUAAAAGUAAGUAUAAAGCACA